AUGAGAUCAGCUACCAUCAGCAGAGACACCAACGAGACGAAAAUCCAGAUCGCCAUCUCCUUGGACGGCGGAGCUGUGGCGUUGGAAAAGUCAAUUCUCAAGAACGGCAACCUCGACGAACAUGCCACACAGAGCACUCUGUCUCAAGUGAUCAAUGUCCAGACUGGUAUUGGAUUCUUGGACCACAUGUUACAUGCGUUGGCCAAGCACUCUGGAUGGUCGCUUAUUGUAGAGUGUGUGGGUGACUUGCACAUCGACGACCACCACACGGCUGAGGAUGUGGGAAUUUCCUUGGGUCUUGCAUUUCACAAGGCAUUGGGCCAAGUUAAAGGUGUCAAACGGUUUGGUAGUGGUUUUGCACCUCUUGACGAGGCCUUGAGUCGAGCAGUGGUGGAUUUGUCCAACAGACCAUAUGCUGUGGUUGAGUUGGGGUUGAAACGUGAAAAGAUUGGAGAUUUAUCGUGUGAGAUGAUUCCUCACGUUAUUGAGAGUUUCGCUCAAGGUGCUGCCAUCACUCUUCAUGUAGACUGUUUAAGAGGGUUCAACGACCACCACAGAGCAGAGAGUGCGUUCAAGGCAAUGGCUGUGGCUAUUAAAGAGGCCAUUUCGUUCACUGGAACUGACGAUGUCCCCAGCACCAAGGGUGUUCUAUUCUAA